ACCCUCUGAGCAUGCGCAAAAAAUCUGAUAUCACCGGAUAUGAAGUGAAAUAAAUAAAAUACUUGGUUGUUUGUGUUAACCGAAUUAAAAAUGGCUUGUCGAAUGCUACAUAUUUGUAAAGUUGUAAAUACUUCGAUAAAAAAUGCUCAAUCUGCGAGCAAUGGUAUAUGUAAUUUAUUGUCUGUCAACCACUCGCAUUUGUUAAAAACACACAUCCCUUUACUAAAUAAUGCAAGAAAUUCUUCGUUUUUUGUGAGCAAAUCUGCAGAUGAAUUAUGGAAAGGUGUAACAACUGUCAGUAAUGCAGGAAGACGUAGAGGUAGAGCAAAAGGAUUAGCGAGAAAAAGAGAUCUAAACAAGGGUCAAAUUAUAGGUGUAGGAAAAAUUCCAAUACAAUUUCCUGGCCUAAAUACACCUGUAUUUAGAGGAAGAGAAUUACUUAAACAGCAAAAACUUCCUGUGGAUCCUGAAAGAGAGCAGAGGCUUGCACAAAUAAGGGAGAGUCAAACUGAAAAGAAAAGAAUAAAAUUGUCACCAUUAGAGCGUGGUUGGACGAGCGCUGGAAUGGGUGGCAGAAAGAUUGGACCACCUGAUUCUAUCGGAGAAGAUACUUUUGAAGGUUUUGAAACUUGGAUUUUGGAAAACAAAUUGAUAACUUGUAUGACUGGUAACUUAGGACGUAAGAGUAGAAUCAGUUCAUUUGUUGUGACAGGAAAUGGAAAUGGAUUAGCUGGAUUUGCAUUAGCAAAAGCACCUGCAGCCAAAGCAGCCUUAAAGACAGCUAAGAAUAGAGCAGGUCAAAGACUAAUAUAUGUUCCUAGAUAUAAGGAACACACCGUGUUACAUGAUUUUUUUACACAGUUUGGAAAUACAAAGAUAUUUGUAAGGAAAAUGCAUGAAGGAUAUGGACUUAUAUGUCAUCGUGCACUAAAAGCAUGUUGUGAGGCAAUUGGCAUAAAGGAUAUGUAUGCCAAAGUAGAAGGAGCUAAGAAUGUGAAGCAUAUUAUAAAAGUUUUUAUUGGUUUAUUGCAACAGAAAUCAUAUCAACAACUAGCGGAUGAAAAGCGAUUACAUUUGGUCGAGUUUAAAUCGGAAAAUGGAAAUUAUCCAACAGUACUUGCUUCACCAUUGAAAGUCAGAAAACCAGAACAAGUGCCGUCUAACGAAACUCUUGAUUUUACUCAAUACAUAAUGGGUAACAGAGUAGUGUUGAAAAAGAAGAAAUUUCCGCCGUUUUUCACUAAACUUCCGUCUUAUCAAAACAGAUUAUUAAAAAUGGAACGAAUUAGAAAUUUUGACGAUACGAGACUACAUUUAUUAGCGAAAUACGGAGCAUUGCAUAGUUUUCUGACUGAAAAGUAUCCAGAGGCACAGCUACUUCGUAAACGAAAGCCAAAGGAAAAUGACGAAACAAUAGAAUAAAAAAAACAUUUUAUGUAAAUGUUUCAAAAUAGAAUCUUUAUGAUUAAAAUAUUAUAUUAGAAAAUAGAAUUAAACACGUAUUCUAGAUAUUCCAAAA